AUGGAGCAAGAGACAACCUUGGAUCCAAAGCUAUGGCAUGCUUUUGCAGGAUCAACUGUUCAAAUCCCUUCAUUAAAUUCAACGGUCUUCUACUUCCCUCAAGGCCAUCUUGAGCACGCCCAAGCGCCGCCCACUGAUUUUCACGCCCCGCGCGUCCCACCACUCAUCCUCUGCCGCGUCGUCGCUUUAAAGUUCCUCGCCGGUGUGGACACCGACGAUGUCUAUGCCAAAAUUACACUUCUGCCACUGCCGGACGACGCCGUUGAAAGUCCAAUUCCUCCAGGCGGUAACGGCAGCGAGAAACCGGUGUUUUUCACCAAACCGCUGACGCACAAUGACACCAACGACGGCGGCGGAUUCUCCGUGCCGCGUCGCUGCGCUGAGACGGUCUUCCCGCGGCUUGACUACACGGCCGAAUCUCCGGUCCAGACCAUCAUCGCCAAAGAUAUCCACGGCGAGACCUGGAAAUUUCUACACACCUUCAGUGGAACGCCUCGCCGUCAUGUCCUGACCACCGGCUGGAGUACCUUCGUCAACCGGAAGAGUCUCAUCGCUGGCGACUCAAUCGUCUUCUUCCGCUCCGAAUCCGGCGAACUCUGCGUCGGUAUCCGCCGCGUCAAACGCUGGCCUUACCCCUGGAUUUCGAAUUUCAUCCGCGGAGACAUGAACACGGUUGAGAGGGUAACGGUGGAGGCAGUGGCGGAAGCGGUGGCGUGUGGGCAAGCGUUCGAGGUGGUUUAUUACCCUGGCGCGAGCACGCCGGAGUUCUGCGUGAAAGCGGCUGAUGUGAGAGCAGCAAUGAGGAUAAUAUGGUGCAGUGGCAUGAGGUUUAAAAUGGCGUUUGAAACAGAUGACUUUUCUGGAAUCAGCUGGUUCACGGGCACUGUCUCGGCAGUUGAAGUCGCCGAUCCAAUCCGCUGGCCUGAUUCCCCAUGGCGUCUGCUCCAGGUAGCUUGGGACGAACGGGGUUUGCUGCAAAAGAUGAAGCGGGUAAACCCAUGGCUCGUGGAAUUGGUAUCCGAAAUGCCUGCAACUUCAAUCCAUCUCUCUCCCAAGAAGAAGCUACGAACUCAGCCGCCGUUUGACGGAAUCUCUUCUGUAGCUGGUGAUGGUGACGAUGAGAUAACCGUGUCAGAUACUUUGCAAGAUGUACUGGGGAAGGUGAACGAAGACGAGUCAGAAAAAAGUCGUAGCAAGCAACAUAUGGACGAGGACGAGGAGUUGGCGCUUGCUGUGGCUAACUCGUUGAGUGAUUCAAAGUUUUCAAGACCAACUGACUCUGGUUCAGGGUCCACCAUUACAAAAGUUGCAGGCAAACCGACUAAUAUACCUUCCAAUAUGAGAAACCAAAGUUACCCAAACGAGAAAUGGAACUCCUUCUGCAAGUUCCUUGCCACCCGCGUGCCUCCAUUGACUCCCUCUGUGUGCAGAGCCGAAGACAUCAUUGAGUUUGUCUGCAAACACCAGGCUUCGGCUGACGUAGAGACCCUUGUUAGCCGCCUUAGUGCUGCGUGUGAAGUGUUGGGCAUAAAACCGGAGGACAAUCCUUUUUUCCACAGCGCAGCUGUAACAGCAUACUUGAAGGUGGCGAAAAGGAUACAUCGAGAAACAGAAUGCAUAUUAGUCUUUUCGUGCAGUGACAAUGAUUUGGACGAAGCACUUUUCAUCGAUACCAUCUCAAUAAAAUUGCAAGAGAGAGGGGUCACCCCUUUGACAUACAGUCUAUCACGGAGAAAGAACAUCGACCUGGAGAUCCUACGCAGGUCUAGUGUUGGUAUUAUGGUACUUUCAAAUAGCUAUGCUUGCGCUAGAGAGUCCAUGGAUCAUCUUGUGGCCAUCAUGGAACAUUGGAAAGCAAAAGACCUUGAAAUUAUGCCAAUACGUUUUAAGGUAACACUUUCAGACAUUUGUGGAAUGGAAGGCAGGUUUGAAUCAGCAUUUCUGCAGUAUAUGAAUUCUGUCCAGCCAGGCAUAGUUCAAAAAUGGAAGGCGACUUUAGCUGAAAUAGCGUCCAUCGAUGGACGUGAAUGGACAAAAGAGACUCAGGUUAUGCUUGCCGAGGAAGUUGUAAGUAGCGCAUGCUUAAGGCUGUAUUUGAAAAAUAGCAAGAAUCUGGUCAGAAUCUUAGCAUUGUUAGAUCACUCCCACCCUUCAGACGCUGAUAUUGUGGGAAUUUGGGGUAUGGCAGGAAUAGGGCUGAGGCAAAUGCGUGAUGAUUUUUAUUCUAAAGUAUUUGGGGAAGAAAAACUGAGCAUAGGGGCUUCUGAUGUAAAACCAAGUUUCAUGAGGAACUGGUUCCACAAAAAAACGAUUCUUGUUGUUCUUGAUGACGUGAGUAAUGCCAGAGAUGUAGAAGCUGUAGUUGGUGGGUUUGGCUGGUUUUCUCAUGGACACAGAAUCAUUUUAACCUCUAGGAGAAAACAAGUUCUUGUACAGUGUAAGGUCAAAGAGCCAUAUGCGAUCCAAAAAUUAUCAGAGUUUGAAUCUUUUCGUCUCAGCAAACUAUAUUUAAAUGAAGAAAGUGAGGUCAUCUCGGAGCUUAUGAGCUGCAGUAGUGGUAUCCCAUUGGUCCUCAAAGUUUUGGGUUCUACUUUAUCAAAGAAGCAUGUAAACGAUAUGAAGGAACAUCUUCAGAGAUUGCGGAGGAUUCCUCCAUCUCCGAUUCAGGAAACAUUUCGGAGAAGCUUUGAUGGACUGGAUGAAAACGAAAAGAACAUAUUUUUGGACCUUGCAUGUUUUUUCAGAGGGGAGGACAAAGAUCACGUGGUGCAAUUACUUGAUGCUUGUGGGUUUUGUACAUAUUUGGGAAUCUGUGAGCUCAUUGACGAGUCUCUCAUUAGCCUUUCGGACAAUAAGAUAGAGAUCCCUAUUCCUUUUCAAGACAUGGGUCGAUUUAUUGUUCAUGAGGAAGACGAGGAUCCAUGCGAACGUAGCAGAUUGUGGGACUCUAACGACAUCGCCAAUGUAUUGAAAAACAAUUCAGGAACUGAAGCAAUUGAGGGAAUAUUCAUGGAUGCGUCUGACUUGACCUGUGAGUUGAGUCCUACUGUGUUUAGUGAGAUGCAUAGACUUAGAUUGCUGAAGUUUUAUAGCUCCACAUCUGGGAAUGAGUGCAAGCUAAAUCUACCUCAAGGCAUUGACAUUUUGCCUGAUGAGCUAAGGCUACUUCACUGGGAGAAUUACCCUCUGAAAUACUUGCCUCAGAAAUUUAUUCCUGAGAACCUCGUAGAGGUAAACAUGCCUUAUAGCAACAUGGAGAAGUUAUGGCAAAGGCAGAAAAAUCUCGGGAAGCUAAAGAAAAUCAAACUGAGUCACUCCAGAAAUCUAAAUGAUGUCAUGAUGUUAUCAGAAGCCAUGAACCUUGAAUAUAUAGAUCUUGAAGGAUGUACGAGUCUGGUUGACGUUAGCACAUCCAUUCCUCUUAGUGGGAAGCUUGUUUCUUUGAAUAUGAAAGACUGUUCUCAUUUGCGAACUUUGCCUGCCAUGCUUGGUUUAACAUGCCUCAGGCUUCUUAAUUUGUCUGGAUGCUCAGAGCUCGAGGAGAUUCAGAAUUUUGCACCAAACUUGAAACAGUUAUAUCUAGCUGGGACUGCCAUAACAGAGCUUCUAUUGUCAACCGAUAAUAUUGGUCAACUUGUUACGCUAGAUCUGGAGAACUGCAGAAGGCUUCAGCACCUGCCAUUUGGGAUAAAGAACUCGAGAUCUAUUGCCGAGCUUAAGCUUUCUGGUUGCUCAAGUCUUGAUCUCCGAAAGCGGAAAAGUUGA